CGACACAUUCGACCUGGGGAUACUUGACAAGUUCUGUGCAGUCUGCAGUAUUGACUCAGCUACUGUGAAGGUCUCCAUGGCAAGAUGACACAGAGCCAGCAGAGCUUUUCGCUGCCGUCUGCGGACAAGCAAAGGCUUCAGCUGGCGGCCGACGGCCAAUUUGAUGCUUCAUCAAAAGGCGACCGAGAGACUCGAGCGCCUAAAGGGACUCAAGGCUUUGCAGUCCCGGCCAGUCGACCAAAUACAGCUGGACUGAGUGAAGGCGAUGGUCAAAGUCUGGACAUUGGCUCUAUUCUUAUUCAGCCUUACUCUCAGUCUAUAGACCAGACUCAGGAGGAUACGCCGUCAUUCAAGCAGCAAGUUGACAACGCGCCAGUGAUGCAGCGGCCGCAGACUUUCCAAGAGGACUACUUCGAAGCUUCUGCUUCUGGCUUGGAAGGACUGGUACCGAGAGAUGCGUCCACUGCGAAGGCCAGAGAUACUGUCCCUGCCUCUUUUUCGCCUCCCUCGAGUUUUCGUCGACCGACAAGUCCUUCGAUCGACAGUCAGGUGCCUGUUCGCUUUGAGGAAUCGCCAGUUACCAAGAUAGAUGCCGAAACUCCAGCUUUGGCGCGCACAAAGAAGCACGAAACACCUUCAGGCCUGGGCAAUUUGACCCAAAUGUUUCAAGCUUCGCAAGAUACGCCUGAGCUUUCGAGGCGUAAAUCAACAUAUAUCUCUAUGAAGGAAAGUCAGGAACUGCGCAAUCUCAAACGCCAUGCGUCAGCUUCAGAGGAUGAAGACUCUGAUCCAGAAUUUCAGAAAGUUCGCCGAGCCAAGAGUCCAGCAAAGAAGUCUCAGCCAAGUGAUCCUCUCUGGGGAAGGCUCCGCGAGCGUCAGGCACAAUCGUUGAUCCCAGAGACAUAUCAAGAUAUAUCUGUCAUUCCAGCAUCUGCACCCCUGGAAGAUCGAAUAGACCCGGCUCAUCGCUCGCAGCCUGUCUCUUUGGUGGACAACUCUCAAGUUGGUGUCAACACACAAGCGAGCAGUAAAGCUGCGGCUAAGACAAUAGACUUUGACAUUCAGAGCUUUUCUGCGGAAGUCACGACCAGUGAGGAGCCACGGCCACCGGCACAAGAGUUUGACCUUGUGAGCCAAUCACCGCAGCAAGACACGACGAUGCUCAACGCUACAGGUAGUGCUCUCGCUUCCGUGUCUGUGCAGGAUACCCCAGCUAUUCCACGAAUUGCACCGACCCCUGGCGUGACGAGGCACAAUCGAUCGAUAGCAGAAACGCCCUUUGUCCGGGAUGGGUCGAGUCCAGUCAUAUUGGCUGGCAAUCGACGCAAACGUCGGAAAACAGCUGAAAUUACAGCUUCCAGCUCUCCGGCGCCAAUUCUUGUAGAUGAGCGUCAAGUCUUGGAAAGUCUGAGUCAAACGUUUGAUAAAGUGCUUUCGCCAGAACACAGUCGGCAAGUGCCAGACAGUGUUGCGCAGACGUCGACCGAUGUGCUUGUUCCCAUCAAGACUGCUCCUCGACGACCGCAAGAUUCCCGUAUGGUUGUCCUUGACUCUCAGACUCAGCCGAAGCCGACGCCAGAGACUGUUCGUGAGGCAUCGCUUUCUGUUUCACCAGAGCAACGUACAUCUCCCUUGACGAGCUUGGAUUCAGCAGAAAUGAUGGAUCAUAUGCCAGUGGCGCAAGAAGACGUGCAUCACGACCCUGCACUGUCGCAUCGUGUGUUGGCCUAUCAUGCACCUUCAAAAUCUUGGUUUCCCGGAUCUGUUGUCGGUGAUGUUGCCAAGGAUGCUGAAUCUGUUCAUGUUCUCUUUGACGAUGAUGAUGAGCUAGAGGUACCAAUCGAAUCACUACGUGCGCUGCGACUCUUCUGCGGCGAUAUCGUCCGGGUUUCUCAUCCAGCGGCACUGCGAAAGACUUCUCUCGUUGUAACAGAUUUGAUCAAGCUAGAUCAUGUCACAAAGACAGAUGAUCAAGGUUUCGCGCAAUUCCGAGCACACAAACAGAGCAGGAAGUUCGAGUCGUAUGUUUUGAAUGUCAGCUCACUUUGGCUACGGGUAGGUAAACUGGUGGAACCAUUCUUGGGAAGACCAUGGAAGCUGCCAGUUGACGCUCUUGUCCCAUCCUCUGCUGUUCCAGCACCUUCACCCAUACCCAUCACACCUUCGAGAAGGGAUGUUUUGGCACGGACGGUGCGCAGUACUUCUCGCUUGCCCACACCUAUGCCAGCACUUCGGACGCAAGGAAGUAGUGGCAUUUUCAACGGCAUAGCUUUUACCUUGACGCUCGUGAAGAGCACAGAAAAGCUUCGCCGUGCCCUACGCCAGCUCAUCGUCGACCAUGGUGGCAUAUUUCUGGAAGAUGGCUUGUCAGAGUUGUUUGAUGAAGGAGAGAGUCUUAAGCCACAGCCCUCCAUUUACAAUGAAGACAGCUUGGAAGAGCAGUCUGACGCAGACGAAAUCACAAGUGAUUGUUUGGGUUCUGCAGAUGGACGCGUAUCGUUUGGUACGCUUCGACUUGCACCACGCUAUGCAUCGUUGCGUGCAGCUUGUGUCAUCUCAGAUGCACCCUCGAGAAAAGCCAAGUAUUUGCAAGCACUUGCUCUUGACUUGCCUUGUUUCCACUACGCCUAUAUCCAGCAUUGUGCGGCUGCAUCGCAACAAUCUUCGAGAAUGCACAGUGCUCGACCCUAUCUGCUGGCCGCAGGAGAUGCAGUGCUCGACAAACGGCCCUUCAGUAUCUGUAUGGAUCCAAUCAUCAAAUCAUUGUCCCUUCAAAACGACUCUGCGACACUCGCAAGCUUACUCGAACAGCGAAGACAACCCCUCGCUGGACAGCAUUGUAUUGUCGUUGUUGGCAGAAGAGAUGAAGCCGUGCAACGCAAGAUUCACCUGUUUUUAAGCCGUGCUAUGGGUUGUGCGCGUGUCGCUGCAGUCGAGACGAUUGCCGAUGCUGUAGAUCUUUUCAUGCAGUCAAGACGGGCUGAGCUGAUCAAAGAGCCUUGGAAGGGAAUAAAAGGCUCAAAGGGACGGCGGGCAAGUCAGCGUGUUGGUCGCCCGACAUCAAAAUAUGGUGCAAGCACAUUGGCAUCGGCCCAGUCUGUCCAUGAAGGUGAUGACGAGACGAUAGCUGAGCAAAUUAUUUGGCACUGGAUCAAUGUUCGUGAACACUCCAAAGAAGUGGAAGAGGCCAUGAGGCAACUCAGUGGCGAACUCGCUCGUGGUCGGCCAGCGCAUGCAAAGGCGAAACCGAGACGGAGGGGCCAUGGUGUGGUAGCAACACAAAAAGCUGAUACGGUUGACAUGCCAGGUAUCUUAACCAAUGAAGAUGUUGUACAGAGUCUCAUCUGUGGUGAAAUCAUGCUUACCGCACAGACAUAGUGGACUGUUUGUGUACAUAAUGCAAAAGAAAGCAGGUAAAUAGAACGCUGUCGCUAUCAAUCAAGU